GUGCCCUGCGGACAGCUCUGGGAGAGGAACCCAGGGCGAGGUUUUGAUCGGCCGCUCGGUAGGGGUAACCUCUCCGCCCCCGACGAGUAAGCUCCAGGCCAACCGACACCUUUCCCGUAGAGUGCGGAUACCCGCGGGGCGGGAAACAGGCUUCCGGUAGCAGCGACCGGUGUGUGUUGGGGCCCGUAGGUCGCCAUGGGCUUUAUCUUCUCCAAAUCCAUGAGCGACGCGCUGAAGAACCAGCAGGAGCUCGCGCUCGUCAACUCGCGGCUUCAGCUGGAAAGACAGAUACUGAUGCAGAGUCAAAUGAGGGAGAGGCAAAUGGCUAUGCAGAUUGCUUGGACACGGGAAUUCCUCAAGUACUUUGGGCUAUUUUUUGGACUAGCUGCUGUUGGUUUAACCACUGGAGCAAUGAAAAAGAAGAAGCCAGGACUUUUACUUCCAGUAGUUCCUUUAAGCUUUAUACUUGCCUACCAGUAUGAUAUGGGAUAUGGGACUCUUCUGCAAAGAAUGAAAGGUGAAGCAGAGAAAAUACUUGACACGGAUAGUACUCUCCUAGAAUUGCCAAAAGGACCCAUCACUUUUGAAGGCCUGGAAAAAGCCAGAAGGGCUCAGAGCAAGUUCUUUGUUGAGAAAUAGGAGUAUUUAUAACAAAUCAAGUAUUCAAAGCACAAAAUUGUUUGUUUGUUUUAUAAUCAUGUUUGAUUUAACGUGUCAGAUUAUUAAAAGUUUCAGAGAAUGUAAUCAGCUUUUAUAAAAUAAAACUACUUUAAUGGCUAUUUUCUAAGGCAAUGGUUUUAUCAUGUUUUCUGUAUUUUUGCAAAUGUCUGUAAUUAGUUGCUUUUUGUUCAUCUCCUAACAUUAAACAUUGAAUUCCUACUUUUCAGUACUAAUGCAGUCAAAUGUAUACACUAAUAAAAAGUACCUCUUUCACUCUACAGUAAGAGGUUAAGAAAUGGGUAUAAACAGUGUUCCCUAUUUUCUGAAUUUAGGUAUCUACAAGUCAUCUCUGUAUUUAGACAUCUGU